AUGGUCGUCGCGUCGCUCCUGCUCUUGAGCGCUGUCCCCUUCGCCGUUGCCUAUCCCUGGGCAGCCCAGUCGGCUUCUUCCUUUGCAGGCGCAACGAGCACGGAUGUCUUCCCGCCCCCCGGCGCGACAAUCACAGCGGACGAGACGUACUUCCCGGAUGCCGAGCAGGUCGGCUUCGCCGGCCCAACGCCCACUGGCGCGGAGCCUGAGGCCAUUCAGACUGCCCCGGUCGCACCGGUCAAGACAGACAUCUAUCCUUUGGUCAGCCCACACACAACUCCCGGGUUUAACCCUCUGCGCUAUUGGGGAAAUCUCUCACCGUGGUCCUCGGUCGGCGGCGCAUUCGGCCUCCCGGACGCGUCCCCCCAGAUCCCAGUCGGCUGCGAGCUCACGCAGGUGCACAUUCUGCAACGCCACGGCGCACGGUACCCCUCGGGUGGGGACCCGAAUGUACUGGCCGGCGCACUGCAGGCUGCGGUCGUCAAUGGCACGGGUUUCACUGCGAAGGGACCCCUGGAGUUCUUGAAUACAUGGACAUAUAAACUCGGUGCCGAGAUCCUGACACCAUUUGGGAGGCAGCAACUGUAUGAUCUGGGAGUGGCUGCGAGGGUGAAGUAUGGGGAGCUGCUGAAUGGAUUCACGUCGCUUCCUGUGUUCCGGACGACGUCUGAAUCCCGGAUGGUUCAAUCUGCCCUGAACUGGGCCGCUGGCUUCUUUGGCGUGGAGCACUACGAAUCGUCCUAUCACCAACUCAUCAUCAUUGAGGAUGAGGGCUACAACAACACGCUCGCACCGAUAACUUGCACCGGCCCGGCGGACAACUGGUACUUCAGCAACUGGACGCAGAUUUACCUGAAGAAUACCGUAAAGCGCCUACAACAACACCUCGAUGGCGUGGAGCUCAACACGGACAUUGUCUUUGCGAUGCAGGAGCUCUGCGCGUACGAGACGGUGGCAAUCGGGUACUCGCAGUUCUGCGACCUAUUUACGGAGGAGGAAUGGAAGGGCUUCGAAUACACCGUCGACUUAGACUUCUGGUACGAAGUCGGACCAGGAAGCCCGAUAGGCUCAGCGUGGGGCAUCGGGUACGUCCAGGAGCUGGUGGCGCGCUUGACGCAGACCCCGCUCACGGUGUUCGAUACGACGACGAACGGCACGUUGGACGGAAAUAACGUAACGUUCCCGCUGGACCAGCCAAUCUACAUGGACGCGACGCACGACUCAAUUUUUGCAAGCAUCGCCAUUGCAAUGAAUUUCACGACGAUGGCGGCGAGCGGGCCUCUUCCCGUGGACCACAUGCCCCUUGACUACCAAAUCGCGCCGUUCGCGGCACAUAUGGAGGGGCAGGUCAUGACGUGCCCCACGUCGAACUCGACGUCCGCAUCGAGGGACAAGUACAUCCGGUUCGUGCUGAACGACGGCGUGGUGCCGCUCACGGGCAUUGCUCACUGCGCGACGCCGAACAAGGAUGGACUGUGCCUCUUCGAUAACUUUGUCGCGGGGAUGAAGCAGCGCAUCGAGGAGGUGAACUUCCAGUACGACUGCUUCGCGAACUAUUCGGUGCCGUACCCAGACGAGCUGACGAACGGGCGGAUGUGGGUGUGA